CUGGAGACAGAGUGGGGGAGGGGGAGGAGCAUAAAGCCCAUUAUGCUUGUUGUUGGUCUGGAUGCUCUCAGCUCUCCUCCGUCUCAUCCAGACGACACACAGAAACUGGAACGCGGAGGGAGGGAGGACAAACACCGGCGUCUUGGCUGAGACAGAGCAUCGAUUUCACGGAGGAUCCAGAGAGAAGCGCGAGGAGAGGAGAGGGGGGAGAAAGAAAAAAAAAAKCAUCCGCGACGCCUCUGAUUAUCCGAGGAAUACAACUCGACGGCUUUAAGUUUUCCUAGAAGUUGCGCAGUGACAGCAGCGGAUAAACACCGUCACCACCAUCAUGGGGAUGUGCGCGUGGCUGCCAGCGCCCGGGAAAUGCCUGCUGGUCCUCGGACUUAAACUGUUCUUCCUCGUACCUGCAGGAGUUCCGGCGAGGAGCGGAGACUCGGUUCUGAAGGAUAACAUCACCGUGAGACAAGGGGACAGCGCCGUCUUAAAAUGCAGUGUGGACAGCAAAGUGUCACGAGUGGCUUGGCUCAAUCGCACCACCAUUCUGUUUGCAGGAAGUGAGAAGUGGAGUCUGGAUCCUCGCGUCACCUUGAUGGAAAACACUGCUAUCACGGAGUACAGCAUCAUGAUUCAAAAUGUCGAUAUUCAUGAUGAGGGGCCUUAUGUCUGCUCCAUCCUGACCGACAAAAAACCAAAGUCCACAAAAGUGCAUCUCAUUGUUCAAGUACCUGCCAGGAUCACUAAUAUUUCGAAGGACAUCACAGUGAACGAGGGAAGCAGUGUCAAUCUUUUCUGUCUGGCUGUCGGUCGACCAGAGGCCAACAUCAUUUGGAAACAUCAGUCACCAAGGG